CAAUUGCAAUUUAUUGGAAAGAAUACGUGGCAAGGCCUUACGGGAGCAACGUGGAAGAGCUCCAAUUGCCGUUUGUGGCCACAAUCUCUGCCAAAUUCCUAAUUUAGGAAACCCCUCCGCCGCGCCCGCCCUCAGCUCGAUUCUCCGCCAUGGCGACUCGCCUUCCAACGACGAAGCCAUUCUCUUUUCUAACGUCGAGAUCAUUUCCCGACGACAACUCUCUGGUUGCCGCUUUCAGCGGAUCUAGCCGAAGGUGGGCAUCGUCGUCGUCGUCGUCGACGACGUCGCCGCCGGGUAAAUCACAGAAAACGGAGAAGAACUUAGUGGACCGUCUUUCAUCGGUGAUAGACGCAGUCAACGACCGUAAACUUCCUCCAGAGCUCCGAGGCCAACGUAACUCUGUCAGGUCGGAAACUGAUCUGAUAAAUGUUGUUGAGCGGAGGAUUUGGAAUUCCAUGGAAGAAGGGCAAUUUGAGAAUUUACCAGGAAAAGGGAAACCUCUGAACCUGUCUAUCAAUCCUCAUGCUGAUCCAGCAGAAGACACAUUGUAUCGGAUCUUGUCUAAGAAUGGAUGUGCACCUGAAUGGAUCGAACUCAACAAAGAGAUCAGGAGUAACAUAUCCGAAUGGCGGUCGUCGUUGAAGAAAGCAUUCGAAAGUAGAGGCAAUGGUGAUCAUUCAAUAUGGACUGAGAGUAAAAAGGCUUUGCAAGCUCAAUUGCAACACAUAAAUAACAAGGUUUUUCGGUAUAACUUAAUAGUUCCUUUUGGGCGCCAAAUGUUUGGAUUGAAAUGGGAGAAAGAGAUGGAUCGUCUUGUAGAAUGAAAACGACGGAGAAUGUCGAAGGACAGAGAAGAACCCAAAAUGGAGAACGGCGAUGAGGGAGAAGGAAGGGGAGACGCCCUCUUUUCUUUUCUAACCUAAUGGUGAACCGGAAUCCGAUCCGAAUCCAACCGAAUGGAUUCCAGUUCGGUUCGAUUUUUGUACUCCUACAUGAAAGAAAGGAAAUUUGAGAAUCUAGGAGGAAAAGGGAAACCUCUGAACCUGUCUAUCAAUCCUCACGUUGAUCUUUGUCAAAGAAUGGAUGUGCAUCUGAAUGCUCGACAAAGAGAUCAGGAGUAACAUAUCCUAAUGACGAUCGUCGUUGAAGAAAGCAUUCGAAAGUAAAGGCAAUGGCGAUCAUUCAAAAUGGAAUGAGAGUAAAGAGGCUUUGAAAGUUCAAUUGCACAAGACAAGGUUGGUUAUCAGUUUCAUGGCUUCUUGAUAAUGGAACAUUGAUACCUAAGUUCUUAUUCAAUAUCGUAUACUGUUUACCAUGUUAAAUCACCGGACCUAAAAAUUUAAGUUGAUGGAUGAAAAUAAAUUUAAUAUUAUAUUAUGUAACAUAAUGGGAAGUUUGUUAAUUUAACCAUUCUAAAAUAGUUCCUUGCUAGAAUUUUUCUAUCUCAAGAUUAGAAGACUAUUUAGUCAA